GCCUACUUUCUCUGUUCGUGCUCACGCAGCAUGAAGUACCUCAAAUCAUUCGUUUGUUUGAAUCACUUUGCUGCUGAUCAAAUAUGGAUACGAUUGAUCACAAAUAGUGAAAUCGUCAUUUUAGCAUGAUUUCACGAAGCUCCUGUGCUGGAUUUCACGGAUAAAAGCGAAUACUUUUGCAUGUAUGCCAUCAUCUGAAAUGCAAAUCUGUAUUUGGCAUGAUUUAACAGCAUGCAGAAGAUGUUUUCUUUUUGCGAGUUAGGCCUGUUGUUGUAGAUCCCUUGUGUGUGUACGUCGACCAACAAUCACGUUUGGCGGCCAACUGCGGACGCUGAGUAGCAUUUCAUGCUGGCAGUUUGUCAAAUAAUGAAUAUUUGCAUCAAAGAGGACGGGUUCUAAGGGAAGCUUGAUUCCACUAUUCUUUCGAUUUUCAUUUAUUGAGAAUCUUCAUUUUUAAUAUAACCUUGUUCACAUGCUAUUAAAUUUCGUCACUUGGCAUUUUUUUCAUGGAGUUCUCAUAGAUUUGCAAACCUGAAACAUCAGCUCAUUGAAAUUACGUGCUGACAAAUUUAGAUAUGGAGGAGGAUCUCAAAUAUUCGAAAGAAAACACACGCAAUGGUGUUUCACAGCUCAUUGGAAACAUAGAAGAUAUUUUGUAUGGAAGAGAUAUAAUUAAAGAAGGUGCAGAGCACAAAGCCAAGAUUGUGUCUGUCAAGCUUACAGAACUAGUAACAAUCCUUUUAGAAAGCACAUGGAAGGACACCCAUGAUGAAAGUAUUAAGGUCUUUUCAGAACAUGACAUUAUCAGCCAGGUUUUCAACUGGAUAGCUUCCGAUAAAGAACUUAUGAAGGCUAUGACACUGGAACUGUUAUCAAUUUUUGACAAUAUAUUGUCUGUUGGAAGUGACACAUUAAUAAGGAUAAGAGAGGUUGUUGAACCAUUAAUGCUGCUUUUGCUUGCACUCAGACCAAAUGACAGAAAGAAGAUGCCUUUUGAGAUGGAGUACAAGUACAUUCAACUCAUUAACAAUGUGUGUCUGAGACUUGUUGAUGAUCAAUUUCUAAAUAAAUUUGACACUAGCCAGCUCUCCAAACAUGGCUACAAGAUACCCAGAUAUGGAUUUUUAAACAUCCUAAUCUCUUACAUCUAUGAUAACAAUCAGAUGGGUAACUAUGCAAGAGAUAGCCUGGUAAUAUGUUUGCAAGUCUCUGCCUCCAACGAGAGCUUCAGAAAUUACAUUACAUAUGAAUCAGACUGUUGCAAUAUCUUGGCUGCUGGACUAAGUGGGCACUAUGCAGCUUUGCCCACUGUUCUUGACAUAACUAAUGAUGACUGGUAUUGCAUUAGUAGAGAUAUGGUUGCUGGCAACCAAGAAAUUCAAAGAUUUACCAAAGCUGUGAAAUUUUGCUGUGAAGCAAUUCAUUUUGGUCACAAAACAUUUGGAGAAAGACUUCUGGGUUUUAUUCAUUCAGGUUUCCUAAAUUCAGUUUUGGCUGCAGCUUUACACCAGCAUUUUACUGAGGCAAUAACAGCAGCUACAGCCUACUUGGAAUUGUUUAUCAGAGAAAUAAGUGAAAAAAGUUUCAUGAGGACAUUACUACGGUUCCUUCUGACUGAUGAAUAUGAUGGUACUCAAAUUAUUGAUACAAUGAUUGAACGCAUCCAGUCAAAAAAUACUCAGCUAAACAUGGUAACACUUCAGUUAUUCAAGACCCUAAUGGAUUUAAACUGUGAAGAUGUUAUUUAUCAUCUCAUUAUCCGAUAUUUGAUCCCCUGCAAGCAUGUUCUGCCGAAUCAGAAACGGACAAUAAAAGAGUUAGAUUUUUAUUGUAAAAGUGCUACAAUGUUCCUAUAUUUGACACCUUCUUGUUGUGUCGAGUCGCAAUUUGGUGAAAGCAAAGAGGGAUUGGAAACUGACGAGCUGGAAGAUGAAGGACAGGUUUGUGGCCAUGGUACACAUGGAUCGAAGUCGUCGCGGUUGUUUUUACAGAGUUCUUUUAUUGAAUGCCUAUGCGAUGCAAGGGUCAGGGUGAGGGAGUGUAAAGAGGCCUGUCGCUGUUGGUCGGCAGUGUACGACGGGAUGGAUGUUAUGACCGAACUGCCUCGUAAAAGUGGCUCAUCCACAUUGAUGAGUGAAUCGAAAACCGACAGAAGUAACUCGGAUGUUUUUUCUUUUGCGUUACGUCGAAAUUCUAGUAUUUCGAAUCCUGACAACGAAAAGCGCUCCCUUACAAAAUCGAAAUCGCUUCAACCAGCUAAAGCAGCCGGAGGGUCAAAAUCUACAGUUUUGAAUGGUUUUCGAGAUUCAAAGCAAACUGUCGAAAUUAUCGAUUCCAAAGAAUGCCUAGGCCCUUUUAUGAGUGCCCUAUAUGAAGAAUUAGAAAAUAUGAUGGACAAUUCUUUCUAUGUGAAUCUACAACUGACUUCACUGAUAUCAAGAAUUGCAUGUUAUCCACAACCACUUUUGCGAUCAUUGCUCCUCAAUUCAAACUUGGUUAUGCAGCCUGGGGUCAAAUCUUUGUUUCAGAUUAUUACUAACGUUGCUCAAACCACUGACAUCUUUGUGUCUCAACUUGACGACUUUAAAAUACUGCUGCUUCGAGCGCAACAGAACUUGAUCAAGCGAGAGAAAAGGUAUUUUGGAUUCAGUGCUGAACCUGGCAGAAAGGAUUCAAUAGUUUCCAGUCUCUCAAUGGAAUCGCGGGACGGCGGGAGUUCCGACGAUCAAGCCAGUCUUCCUGAUCAAGCACAAAUCGUUUUAAAUACGGUUAAUACGGUAAACCAGACUGGGUCUGGGCCGCAAUUUGCACAGCGCAAAGAUACUCUGUACACUGAAGCUUCCCUGGCCAAAACUGUCUCAGGCGCAAGAAUAGGCCGGCUUCACCCUGCCAUAAGAAGUCCACAAAAGCGCAUCUCAGAACAGACUUUGCGAAAUGAAGCAGCUUAUUUGCGAAGAAAAAACCCAACUGCAAUAAAAAAUGCUAUAUAUUGUGCCAUUUUGCUCGAAGAAUGGUUAAAAGAAUUGGCUGCGAUAUCUUUAGAACAUAACUUGGUUUGAGUGUUGCAGAUCAUGUGUUUGAUUCCAAGCACAAAUCAAUGAACGUCCCUCCACAAUUGCUAACACUGGCCGAUAUCAUAUACAAGCAUUGGUAAAAUGCAUCUCCAUUCAAGUGAACAAAUGUCUUACCAGAUUCACAACAUCCAACCAAAGAUUUCUAGUUUUCGUUUGGUAUGCGUGUCAUUAGUUGAAUGAAAAACAGAGUUCAACCAUCUAAGAAUGACGUUGAAUGUGGAAAGAAUGAGAAAAGAGUUUGAAUUUGUGGUUUGUCAUUUCAUCGGGAUUUUGAUACAUCUUUCUAUGUCUUUUGCAUUGUAACUCGUUGUAUUUGGAGAACUCAUAGUUACAUGCUGUGCACGUCUGGUAUUUUUAUAUUGCGGUAAAAAAUUUUCAUUGCUUUCUUUAAAUCAUUUAGCGUUUUGAAAGCCUUUCCUAAAAAUCAUGUUACGCGAGAUGCUUAUGUAGAUGGCCUAAAAUACCUUUUUUCUGUAGGUUUUUUCUAGAAUUAGGCUCGAAUUGGCUUUAUGUGCAGGUUUCAAGGCUAUGAACUUUCCAAAUCUUAUACAGUAAACUCACGAUUACUCGAACCUCCAAAGGACCAAUGAAAUGGUUCAAGAUAGCGAAUACUCGCGUUAUCGGGGGGGGGAGGGGGCAUAUGAAAGUAUUUGGCAAGGGAAAUGCAAUACUCGUUCGACUUAGCGAAUUUUCGAGUUAGCGGGGUUUCGAUUUAUCGGGAUUUUACUGUAGUAGAUAGAUGAUUAUUUGCGUAUCAUACGUCUGCUUUCAUUGACCGUUAAAUAGGGAUGUUUUUUCUUUCUUGUGAUACCUUUAGGUGAUACAUUUACUGUGUGCCGUUAUGUGGUUAACAACGGAAAAGCGAAUUGUAUCGUUCAUAACUAUUCAAAGACUUGUAUAGGCCGUUUUUGUUGACAAAAGCAUAGCAUUAUUCCAAACUUUUUUAUUUAUUUCUUAGAAUUAUUGGGUAUUGUGUGGGUUUAGAAGUAUUAAUUAUUUCAUAGCUUAUUUUUCAAUCAUUUUAUUUUUAGCUGUAAAAUUAUUUUUGAUUAUUUGACUGUAAUUUGCAGAUACAUAAUGACGAAAAUUUCAUUGCUUUGGAUAGUUGCUGAUAAGCUGUCCAUAGCCUGUCAUGUUUUACUUUAAGAACAAGUUUCCUCAAAUGUUUAGGAUUCUCUAAUAUAAAACAUGCUACAAUAAUCAUCACAUA